GUAGGCGCAAAGUGAGUUUUUAAAAUGCUUUCAUGACAACACGCUCAGCUAGUCGCUGAAUGGACUAUGGUGAAUUUGCCAGCUGUCAUGAGGACCACAGAGUUUGAUUCGUCUGACGAGGAGGACACGGGUGAAGAGGAGUGUACCCCUCUGCUAAUCUCCUGGUUGUCUUUGUCAGUGGUGGAGUGCUCCCAGUCUCUGGGUAUUUGCUCACUGCCAGGAUGCAAGUACAAAGAUGUGAGGAGGAACCUGCAAAGGGACAUGGGCCAGCUGCAGGAGCAGGGUGUGGAGGAUGUGUUUGUGUUGUGCACGCGUGGGGAGCUGCAGCGCUAUCGGGUGCCGGGGCUCCUGGAGGCCUACAGCCAGCAUGGUCUCACCAUCCACCACCUGCCCUUCCCCGACGGCUGCGCCCCAGAGCUGCCCCAGUGCUGCCAGAUCCUGGAGGAGCUGCAGGCUAGUCUGCAGGCCAACCGCAGAACCAUCAUCCAUUGUUAUGGAGGUCUUGGUCGUUCAGCACUAAUUGCGGCAUGUCUGCUACUACAGCUCUCUGUCUCCAUGACGCCCAACAAAGCCAUUGAGAUCCUCCGGGAGCUGAGAGGAGGCGGGGCCAUUCAGACAGUCAAGCAAUAUAACUUCCUUCAUGAGUUUCGGGAAAAGUUUGCUGAAUAUCAGGAGAACAAAGCUUUUUCAGAGAGGUCGGUGUCCCGGUAACUCGCACCCACCCCAGCCCUCAGGAGAUUUGAGAUUCUGAUUAUUAUAAGGGAAAAUACUGCUUUGUUUUCAAUUGUGGAGAAAAUGCUAUCAGCUUGAUUAUGUUUCAUAAAGAGUGUUAAUUUUUCUUAAUUGCACUUCAUAAGAAAAAUUUGUAAUUUUGCAGAAAUAUUUUAAGUUUUAAUUUUCCACAUUUGUCUGGGAGAAAGUAAGUUUGUAGAGCUGAUUUUCAGUAUGCACCUUGUGAAGUAAAUUAUAUGAAUGACCACCAAAUAAAUGUGAAUAAAAGGGAUAUAUUUGGUAAAA